AGCCUGCAACAUGCCAGACAAAAAAGAAAAAGACUUUGACGACGUGACUUUGUUCCUCGGUGACUACGGCCCUUUUCAGAUUACCUUAAUAUUUUUGCUGAGUUUAUUUAUUAUUCCUAAUGGUUACAUGGGUGUGGUGUUUGUUUUUGUAUCGGACACGCCAGAUUUUCAUUGCAAAGUGAAUGAAAAGUGGAAUCUGAACAGUAGUUAUGUGCAGGACUUCACAUUCACAGAGCGCAGCAGCUCCGUGGGACCUGACGGCUGCAGCAGAUACAAAGAGAGGCUCAACUCGUCCCAAGUAUCACCGAGCAACGACACGGAGGCCUGUGCAGACGGAUGGGACUUUAGUAAAGACAUCUACACCGCGACUAUUGUGUCCGAGUGGGAGCUGGUGUGUGACAAUGCGUGGAAAGUGCCCUUUUCCUCCUCAUUAUAUUUUGUUGGAGUUUUGACUGGAUCUUUUGUGUGUGGGAACCUGUCAGAUAGAAUUGGGAGGAAACCUGUCUUGUUUUUAACUAUGGCCAUGCAGUGUAUUACUGCUUUGAUCCAAGCGGCAUCUGUCAACUGGGGCAUGUUCACUAUGUUGAGCUGUUUGAGAGGAUUUGGACUGACAUCCUGCUACACUACUUCCCUUAUUCUGGGGAGUGAGAUACUGAGUCCCAAGCCUCGUAUGGCCUACAAUCUCCUGGGUCAGAGUGUAGGGUUUGGGCUCGGUUAUGCCCUGUUACCGUUGUUCGGGUACUUCAUAAGGGACUGGAGGAUGCUGCUUGUAGCUUGUGCCAUUCCUGGUUUGUUAGUUAUGCCAUUGUGGUGGGUGGUACCAGAGUCUCCACGAUGGCUUUUGCAGAAAAAUAGAUUAAAAGAAGCUGAGGCUGUCAUCCGUAAAGCAGCCAAAAUGAACCAAGUGUCUACCCCUGACAUCAUAUUUCCAUCUAAAGAGUGUUUAGAUCAGAUGAAAUCAAAUAGAGACGAAAGAAAUUCCUACACAUGUUUGGAUCUACUACGCACAUCAAACAUCAGAAUCAUUACACUAAUGGGAAUUUUCAUGUGGUUUACAUGUAUUUUGGUUUUCUCUGGCCUCUCUCUGAAUACAAGCAACUUAAAUGGAAACAAGUAUCUAAACUGCUUCAUUUCUGCUGUGAUUGACAUCGCAGCUUAUAUUAUGACUUGGGUCAUGGUCAGCAGAAUGUCACGGCCUAUCUUUGUGUUCUCCUCCAUGAUGUUUUGUGGCAUUUUGCUUUUGAUAAUUCAGCUGGUGCCUGACGACAUGGACACUGUGUUCCAGGCACUGGCCCUGAGUGGAAGGUUUGGGAUUUCAGCUGCCUACUCUAUCAUGUUUGUGUUUUUUAUUGAGUUGAUGCCCACCGUAGUCAGGAACACAGGACUAGGAAUCUUUUCUACAACUGGACGAAUAGGCAGUAUUCUGUGCCCUUAUAUAAUUUAUUUAGGAGUGUACAACAAGGGCACUCCAUACAUUGUUUUUGGGUCCAUGAGUAUUGUGGCUUCUGUCCUCACGUUGUUUCUGCCAGACACUAGAAACAACAAACUCCCCGAACUAAUCAGUCAGGUGCAACCAGUUCAUAGACACUGCUGUCCAAACAAGGGUACGUCUGCACACAGUCCAAAUCUGAGAGCUGGGAAGUGGAGAAGAGCUCCCUCUGUUGACAAACAACGGCACCAUUUCACUGGGGGGAGCAUUUGUUGAAGAAAACCAGACAAGACAAACCAACUGUGUUUAGAUAACUGCACAGGGAUUCUAGUGUUUGAACCAAAAUAAAAUGUCUCCCACGAAUGUCUAUCAACUUGAGGCUGAUAGUGCCCGGCCUUGACCAUGGGGAGAAAGCUGUAGUGUUCUAAAUGUGGGUGGCAGUGUGAGCGCUGGUGAUGGGGUGAUGGGGAGGGGGUCUACUGCAGCAGAAAAACAGCAAACUCUGCAGUCAUUAAUAUGCAAAUAUGCAAAUUAGGUCGUAAUUAAGAUUGGGCGUUUGUCAGUGGCUCUUUGAUUGCUGAUGAAUUCCAAUCUGCAAGAAAAAGGGGGGAUGGGAUGAGAAGCUCAAAAUUUGGAAGAAGAACAGGAUAUUGUCCCAUGUCUGCUCCUAAAGUGAGCAAAUGAGUGAGCUCCUUAUACAAAAAGAAAACAAAUAACACGUUUAUGUCAAGAAAAAAACACUUUGAUUCCCUUAUAUGUGAUGACACUUGGCAGAUGCUUUCAAAGUGUAGUCACAAUAGAAAAUAUGUAAGCAAAAAAGACUCGAGACAUAAGUUUGAGACUAAAUGUGUCCGUGUAUUUGAUGUAUAGUCACUAUCUACAUUGUCAGUAAGCAUUUAGCGUGAAUUGAGCAAGAACCACGGCAUGAAUCCAGGAUGAUUUGGGGUAAUUAAGAGUGAUGGAGCUGACCCCUGUAGAGAGGAACGCUCAGGUAUCUUAGCAGGUGGUGCAGUGUGUCACAGUUAUUUUCAUUUCAUUUCGGGAAACGUUGCUACCAUUUACACUUGAGCUCCCUCCAGUGUUAUUGCCAUUUUAGUAGUCCCUCGACACUUGUACAUCUUCCUCUCUGGCAUAUGAAAACAACACGUUAUAUGUGAAACACGAUUAAUUAUUUGGUUGAAUGGGGAAGAACAGCUGCUUUUGACAUCUUUGGCCCAAUGACAUGCCAUUACACCACACACUGCACUGGGGUAUGUCACUUUCCUAAGUCUGGUGUUUGU